GCAAACGUGACGUUGUGUAUUACAUACGUAUGCAAUCUCUGCCUUGCGAUCAAAGAUCUUAUCAUUAAUUUUCCACAUUUAGGUGGCAAUGUCUCUGGAAGAGAACUCCGAAGACCUUACGGUGCCGUCGUGGGCGUCGACGGUACUGGUGCAAGCGACACUGCAAGGCGUUGGCUUCGGCAGCGGUAGUGCAGAUAGCGCGCGCGUCGCCAACGUCACCUUCAGCGCAGCCGCCGCACCGGGCGACAGCUACUGCAGCGCGCUCUUGCGCGCCACGGCGGAACUGGAGGGCGCCCAAGGCCACGGAGGGACGCAGACCGUGCUGUUGAAAGGCCCGCCCGCAGGCGCCGCUGCGGCCGCCGCCGUCGCGCAGGGUGGCCACUUCCGCAGAGAGACGAUCAUGCUGACCCAGCUCGUGCCCAAGAUGGAGGCGCUGCUGGAGGCCGCCGCGCCCGGACGCUUCCCCCCGCUGGCGGCGCGCUGCGCGCUGCACGGCCGCUGCCCCGUCGACUUCCUGGUGCUGCAGGACCUGCGGCCGCUGGGCUUCCAGCUGGCGCAGCGCAGGCGCGGCCUGGGCCUGCGCCACUGCCUCCUCGCGCUGCGCACGCUCGCCAGAAAAUUUCUGGACAUGCCCAAUCACAGUGCUUGGCAAUUACAUGCUCUUCCUCGUAAUGAGCAAUGUGUUUUUGAAAAUCGAUAG